AUGGCGGCUAAGUACGGCCUAAUGCUACAUCAGAUGGACGUCAAGACAGCGUUUCUUAACGGCUCCCUCAACGAAGACAUCUACAUGGACCAGCCGGACGGAUACCUGGAUGCAACACAGCCGGACUAUGUGUGCAAGCUAAAGAGAUCACUCUACGGCUUGAAGCAAUCGCUUCGCAUGUGGAACCAAACAAUCGAUGGGUUCAUGAUCAAGAUGGGAUUCAAGAAGUGCGAAUCGGACCACUGCAUCUACAUCAAGCGAGACGACCAAGACAUGAUUCUCGUGGUGCUCUACGUCGAUGAUCUCAUCCUGGCCAGCAGCAACAACGAACUCCUCAAGUCAACCAAGAUGGCGCUGAGCAAACGCUUCGAAAUGACGGAUCUCGGUGAGCUCGAUUACUUUCUCGGCAUGGAGAUCAAGAACGACCGUAAGACGGGAAUGGUGACUGUACAACAAACCAAGUUUCUCAAGUCCGUGUUAACCAAGUUCGGAAUGGAUAACAGCAAGCCAGUGAAGACGCCUCAAGAUCCCGGCCUGAAGCUAACCAAGAACAUGUGUGAACAAGAAUGCAAGCACGAAGACACCAUGUGCAACGUGCCAUAUCGAAGUGCUGUCGGAGGCAUCAUGUAUCUCAUGGUCGCCACACGUCCGGAUCUAGCUGCUGCAGUGGGAUCAUUAUCCCAGUUCUCGUCCGACCCAUGCCCGACUCACUGGCAAGCUUUGAAGCGUGUGCUGAGAUACCUGCAAGCAACGCCCAAUCAUGGUCUUGAGUUUACACGUGAAGAAGGAAGCCGUAUCUGCGGGUACACCGACGCAGACUGGGCCGGCGACAUUGAGUCAAGACGAAGUACAAGCGGCUAUGUGUUCAUGAUGAGCGGAGGAGGCAUCAGCUGGAAAAGCCAGAAACAACGGACGGUCGCGCUAUCUUCAACAGAAGCAGAAUACAUGGCGCUUUCCGAAGCAACCAAAGAAGCAGUAUGGCUCAAAGUGCUUUUGGGGGAACUUGGUGAGAUGACAAGCGACGAAGCGAUCAAGAUGUAUGAAGACAACCAAGGAUCAAUCGCUCUCGCCAAGAACCCGGAGUUCCAUAAGAGAACAAAACACAUCGACAUACGCUACCAUUUUGUGCGUGAGAAGGUGGAAUCAGGUGAAGUCGUUUUGGAGUAUUGCCCGACUCAAGAUAUGCUGGCAGACAUGAUGACCAAGCCGAUCGCCGCUGUACAAUUUGAAAACAUUCGCGAUCGACUUGGGAUCCAAGGUGCCGCAGCUAACGAGUCGAGAGGGAGUGUUGAAAAGACAGCGGCUGUGAAGAAGACACCUCGUCAAGCUGCGUCAAGUGUUGAAGCAAGUGGAAGACCAAGCUUCGCUAUACCGGUGGGUACCGGUAUGUACCAGUAA